AUGAACACCCGAAAAACAAGCCAUACUCGCCAAGAUUAUUAUGGCUUUUUCACAUUUGACGGAAGCUUUGAACAUAUGGUGUUCUAUUUCUCAAUGCUGCUACCAUUUGAGGUUAACAAAGGGGACAUCGUCGACAAAUUCAAGUUCCUUCAGAGUGUUGCCCGACCAAAUUUUCUGGAUAUGCACAUGGCACUGGACAGAACAGUACUUUUCGCGGACAUCGCGCCAAAAUUGAUCAUUGAUGACCGGACUCUUGAGACCGGACUGGCACUUUGGGCCCAGUUUGAAUCAAAUGGGACAAAGGAGCGGUUGGAUAAUGCACUCAUAUACAUGGAUGAUGAUCUUACUACGGAACCGGGUCCGGAGGAUAUACUGGAAGAUGAGCCGGUCGCCAUGCGUAGUUCGUUUGUGGACAUUUAUCUUCAAUCAAGAGAUAUAAGCGAUAUGGUAGAUAGGUACGCGCCUGGUUUUCGCGAGGCUGAGAAUGCGGGGAAUGGGUUGGCAAUUGGGUAUGAUUUGGAACGGAUCCUCUCGAAUAAUGGAAAGCCCUUGACGAUUUUGGAAAAUUGUCUACCCCCUCAGCUCUUAAAGUCCUUUUAG